UGAUCUGAAUCUUUUAAGUGUGACAAAUAUGCAAAAAAUUUAAAAACAGUAAGGGGGCAAAAACCUUUUCACGGCACUGUAUGUACAUACAUAUAUGGUUGCGAGUCAAAAACCUCAUGAAUAACUUUCACAAAACAUGUAAACAGUUACUGAUCAUCAUCAAUAAAGCUUCACACAGACCAUCAUAAGAACCAAGGGAAUGUAAACUUAUAUCCAAGAUUGAAUAAAAAGGCCAGUUCAUCAAAAUUCAGUAAUAAUUUUGUCUUGUGAAAUGUUAUGUUAUGUCAGAUAGCAGGACUUAAUAAAACAAAAAGGAAUUUUGUUACAGUACCACUUAAGGGAAUUUUCAAGGGAAAUAAUGAAACAUUUUGCACUCAACUGUAUAUAUUAACAUAUAGCCUAGACUCUCAAGAUUGUAGUCGGAGAGUUUCAAAUUAAUUUUCAUACGGGCCAUAUUUUAUACAGGCAGUAAAAAAAUGUUAAUGCCAACUUUUUUUAGCAUUUAAAAAAAGGUAUAUUUUAUUAGGCUAUAUAGCAGUUAUCUGUAAUUUUUAUUAUAAUAUUGUGUUUAAAUUGUUUAACUGUGUAUACAGAUGGCAUAAAUAUUAAGAGACAUGGAUCAUUUAUUUUUGGAUAGCAGAAUAAUUUGCCUUUUUAACUGAUCCAGGAUGUCCGACCUCAAAAUGACAUAUGCUUUUAAGAUAUUUUAUGGUAACAGUGCAUAGUUACGUUUCCCAUAGACAAUAUCUUGAUUAUUAUAGACGAUAUCUGCAGCUUAAGCUUAAACAUUUUUCAUUUAAUUAUUUUUCAUUUUAGUUCAUCCAGUUGCCCUAAGUAAGGUUAAUUCUGCCCUCUAGUGGGACAUUGCUAAAGCUGAUCAGUAAAUGAUUUUUUAUGGCUGCAAAGUAUUUGUCAAAGUUUAAAUUUUUUGAAAAACUAAACUUGUGCAUUUUCCAUUUGGGUCAAUAAAAGCGUUGAUGUCUGAAGACAAAAUGCAGACAGCAGAACAGCCUGAAAAACUGAUGGCUUCUCAUGAUCAUCAUUAGAACUGACUACAGAAUAAUGGCAUAAUUUAAGACCUUAAUUAGGGUUUAUUUCAUUCUGGCACCAUGAAUCUGGAAAGGGUUGUGCCUGAUUUGUGUGAUGAAUUUAAACGUUUAAAACGUUUAGAAGUAAUAUUUUUGUCUGAAUUCUGUGGGUGCUGAUCAGACAAGUUUUCCAAGUUGUGACAUUGUGAUGCUUAUUUGCUUUUGCUGUAUUUUUAUUAGUUUUAUUUCACUGUCAUUUCACCUUCACUCGUUUAAGAAUCAGUUUGCUGUUUAAAGAGUCAGCAACCAAAUUUUGGUGCCAAAACAUCAAGUUGCCAGUUGUUGUUUUUUCCUUUUUUCUGUUCUUUCUGUUUCUUGGUGCUCCUUUGGUUAGUUUGUGGAUGGUUCAAAAUGGUUUCUGCACCCUCAUCAGAACCAUCUAGAAACGAACCAAAUGUCUUUAUCUAACCAAAACCAGGAGUUGCCCUCUCUGCAUAAUUAAAUCUAAAAUACUAAGUUUAAACAAACAUUGGUCCACUUGCGCUGAAAGUUUCAUGAUUUAUCAAACUAGUGAACAAGAUGCCUUUUAGAAGAACAAAUACAGAACCAAGAAUAUGAAAAUAGAAAGGUUAUUUAAAAAAAAAAAAUAAAUAAAAAUGUAAGAAUAAAAUUAAAAAACCUCUACAAAUUUAGAAAAUGUGUUCAGUCUUAAAUCAAUUACAUUUUCCGUUAUAAACACAAAGAUGCUUUAUUCUUGCAAUAAAUGUAAAAAUUUUUAUUUAGAGAUAUAUUUUUAUAUAAUUAUGAAAAAAAAAAAGUACACUACCUCCAUGUACGUUCAAAACUUUGGGAUAAGUAUUAUUUUUCAUGUUUUUUAGAAGUCUCUUCAGUGCUCAUCAAGGCAUUUAUUUGAUCAAAAAUACAAUAAAAACAGUAAUAUUGUAAAAAUAACGCUUUUCUAUUUUAAUAUACUUCAAAAAGAACAGCAUUUAAGUCGGUAAGGAACAUCAUUUAUUCAAAAUAGAAAUCUUUUGUAACAGUUAUGUAUAAAGAAAGACUGAUGUUGUGGAACCAACUUUGAAAUAAAAUAUAAAAGUGUCCCAGUUUGCCAGCAAGGUUGUGAUUUGAGGUCUAAGCGCGUUUGUAGAAGCGAUUGUUUUAUAUGACAUAUCCUUUUUUGGAAAUAUUAUUGUGUAUUAGAGAUGUUUAGCAGUUUAAAACAUUACUCUGUCAUUUUGAAAACAACACCAGUGAAAAAUGAUCAAAAAGUAUCCCAACUCAUCCAGUAAUAAUAUAGUAUAGUAGUAUCAAAAUAUAAUUUUAGCUACAUGGUCUUAUAUCAAUACCUUUUCUCUAUAAUUAUUUGGGGGAAACAGUAAGAAUUUCAUUUUAUACUCUGUAUACAUCAGAAAGAAUUGAAAUAAUGUCAGAAAUAGUGUCAUUUGUUGUGUCAAUGUUUAUUGCUAAACAGAUGUAAAAAGACUUAUAAAUCAACUUUUGACAAGAUCUGUACAAAAAGAAAGAUGUUGAAACAACGUUGCACUAUCAACAUUAGUUUGAUAUUUCAAUAAUUUAACAAUGCAUCCGCAUGUGUACAGUUCGAUGUCGCUUAAUGGUCACAUUGACAAACAAAUUUUGUGUUUAAAUAAUUUUAUUUGACAUUUUUAAUGAUUUCAUUCAUUAUUAGCUUUAUAUCAACUCACAAAUCCGCUGCAGUUCUUGGGGAAAUCCUGUAAUGCUUAAUGCAUUUUAUGAUGUUGAUAUCAAAACAUGGAAUAUAUAUUCUUUCUCUUUGCUUUUUUAUAUCAAUAUGACACAUUUAAUGGUGAGUUUAAAACAAGUUAGACAAAAAGUAAUUUAAAAAGUAGUCAGAAUACAUUACAUAAAACGAGUAACUUAGAUUUCAUCAUGUAAUCUGUAAUCAGUAAUGGACUACAAUGUGUAAAUUAUUGAAUAGUGUAGCAUAACCUACUGUAUUAUUUACAGUGAAUUCUUUAUGUCAGUAUAAACUCUUUAAGGUCAGUUUAGAUCAAUUGUAUCUUGAAAGGAGCAUAUGAACAGGAGUGUCAGUGCUUUAGAGAGAGGUGCAGAGUCACGCACUUUGCCCUGUGCACACGUCUAUUGUUGUGUGCUGCUUGCUCAGCCGUUCUCUCUUCUGUUGUUAUACCACAACAAAUGGCAUUGCUCUUCAACUAAAUGCCCUCUUUACACUUUACGCAAUCUGACUGGCUUUUGGAUGCUCCAUUUCCUUUUUUUCUCCCCAAAACACUACAUUUGACCACCCUUUUUUGGAGUAACCAAAUUCAUGAGUGAGUCUGAGCAUCUGAAUGAUGAAGUGCCUAAAGGUCAGGUCUGGUCUCCUGGAUUAGGGACUCGUGAACUGCUCAUUACGGUCAUGACAGCCGUCCCGAGAGUUUGAUUGUAUGACAGCAGUCCACAGAAAGGAUAGUUUUUCAAAAACAUUUACUGGAGAAAAUCCUCUCUUACUGAUCUAUUUGUGAUGUCUGAGGUACAAUCAGGUUUAGUGGCUGGUUUGGAGCCAGAGGAAGAGGUGACAGAUGUCGUAUGUGACGAGGCAAAACUCAAAGAUGGAGAAAUGAUGGAGGUGGAGGUUGGUGAGCACAAUGUUCUGCUGGUACGCUGUGAUGGGGUGUACAGUGCCAUCAGUAACCAGUGCACACACUAUGGUGCUCCACUGAGCAAAGGGGUGCUGUCAGGUCACAGGGUCCGCUGUCCCUGGCAUGGUUCCUGUUUCAAUGUGAAGACCGGUGACUUGGAGGAGUAUCCUGGAAUUGACUGUUUGCCCUGCCACAAGGUGAAAGUCGAAAACAACAAAGUUUAUGUGUCUGUAAAGAAAAGGAUCCAGGGUCAGCCUAAACGUAUCAAAUGGAUGGGAGCCAGAGAUCAAGCGGUGCUACAUACGAUCAUGCUCCUCGGAGGAGGCGCAGCCUCUUUAAUGUGUGCUGAGACACUACGGCAAGAAAACUACGGUGGCAGGAUUAUUAUGGUAUCUAGAGAUGACCUCCUUCCAUACGACAAAACCAGACUCAGCAAGAUAAUGAAUGCCGAGAGCGAAAGUCUCCUAAUGAGAAGAAUGGAAUUUUUCCACAAGUAUGAUAUUGAGGUCUGGCUGAAAAAAGAGUUGUACUUUGUGCAGGCUUUAUCAAUAGAUACAAACAAGAAAACAGUGACAUUUGAUGAUGGCUUAAUCCAGUGCUAUGACCAAAUCCUUAUUGCAACAGGAUGCAGAGCAAAAAACCUAAAUUGCCCUGGUGUGGACCUGGAAAACGUGCUAAUGCUGGAAACACCAGAGGAUGCCCGGUGCAUCCACUACGCCUGCAUGGGCUGCAGGACAGUCGUUGUGGGCACUUCCUUUGUUGGCAUGGAAGUGGCUGCCUAUAUGAUAGAUAUGGCCAGUAGUAUCACGAUCAUUGGAAGCAGUGAACUCCCCUAUCAGAAGACUCUCGGCCCAGAGAUAGGAAAGAUCACCAUGUUGAUGCUGGAAGAGAGAGGGGUGACGUUCUACAUGAAUGAUGCCGUCGCAGAGGUUCAAGGCGAAAAUAGGAGGGUUAAGGCUGUGAAAUUGAAGAGUGGUAUCACUAUUGAAGCCGAUUUGUUAAUCGUUGGAAUUGGUGUCAACCCCAAUUCAGAGUUUUUGAAAGGGAGUCCAAUAAGGAUGGACUCUAAGAGCUAUGUAAUUGUGGAUAAGUACAUGAGGACCAACAUAACAGACGUCUACUGUGCAGGAGAUCUGACCUCCUUUCCUCUCAAAAUGGCAAAAGGCCAGAAUGUGAGCAUUGGCCACUGGCAGACAGCACAGGCACAUGGAAGGAUUGUGGCCUUAAACAUGUUGCGCAGGGAGGUGGAGCUAAACAUAGUGCCGUUCUAUUGGACCGUCCUGCUGGGGAGAACUAUUCGAUAUGCUGGGUACGGGGGGGGAUACACUCAGAUGGUGCUGAAAGGGAGAUUUGAGAACAUGAAGUUUUUGGCAUUUUACCUCAAGGAUGAUGAGGUGGUGGCUGCAGCAGGAUUGAAUGUUGAACCGGCCGUCUCUGUGGUGGCAGAAAGGUUGGCGGAAGGAAGAGUGAUAACAAAGGCAGAAGCAGAGUCAGAUGACCUUAGCUGGCUGAAGCUGCAGGCCAUGUGACCUCUAACAACAGUUUGAACUCCGAAUCAUCAGAAUUCAGCCAUUCUGUCCACAGUCCAUCCCAUCCAAUCAUGCCUUUACUCAGAAGACAUUUUUUUUUUUUGUAACAUUUAUAAAGGCCAGUGCAUUACAGUAUGUCUCUUCAAGAGCUUUGUGCACAGUUCACAAAGAGUUUGCCAUUUUAACACUGAUAUUCAGAGAGGAGAACCACUACCCACAUAUGACUAUGAAAAAAAUGAGAAGCUUUUAAACUGUUCUUGCUGCAGUUCUCUGAGCUUCCAAAGAAAAUUUGAGAUUUUGCCGGUAAGCUCAGGUUCAGAUCAACUUUUCUGAAGUUGAACACAAAUAUUUUAAUCUACAUUAUUUAUUAAGAUAACAGGAUUUUAUUGUAAAUAUAAUCUAGUUUGUAUAGGCUCAUUUACUCAAUGUUUAGAAGGAAAAUUAGAUGUAAUAGUGUUAAUCAAUUAUUACGUACAGUCACUCUGGUAUACUAUGUGCUUGAUAGAUCUAGGUAGCGUUGUUGGUCAUCAAGCUGUGAAAUGGAGCAUGGGUAGUGGAAAAAUAGACAAUCACUGAGCGCACAUCCAAUCAUAGCGCUUAGGAGGAUUAGAUGAACACUGAGCAAAGGAUGCUGAAUGUGAUGGUGGUCACAAAAGGGGGUGCAUAUAUAAUAGAGCUGGACAAACAUGUUACAAAAGACCAUAUUACAAAAGAAAUGCUGAGCUGCUCUCUUAUAUCGCCUCUUAUUCUCUCUCUCUUCUACCACGCAACCCAGUUUUCCAUCCCAAAUCCUCAUAACUCACUUCUGUUCUUAUCAGCAAGAAUUUGUGCAGAGAUAUAUGGGUCAUAUACGACAGUCCAAAUCUGGAGGUGAUAUGUGGGCCAUGAAAUAGAGCUUAGACCUUAAGAAGCUAUGUAGCAGAGAAUUGAAAAUAUCCCUUUAUCAAGUACGCUAGAUUGUUAAAGUCUAUCUAACAUUAUCUAACAUUUUCCACAAUCACUUAAUUAGUUAGGUGGACUGCCAGUUUUUAUAAAAAAAAAACAACAACAACACAUUUUAAUGCUAUUAUUAAGAAGGAGCAGUGAUCCACACAAUGCACUCUAUAUAGAAAGUAGAAAAG